CACUGUGUCUCAGUACAUUAUCAUCAUCAUUUUAUAUACACAACAGUCUAUACACUAACACACACACACAUAUAUAUAUAUAUCUUAGUGUAGGGAGCCAAUCAGCGUAUGUUGACAUGUCCUCAGAAACGUGACAUUCUCAUGCACCCCCCACCCCGCUGCCACCACCACCACCACUACCAUCACUACCACAGGGACACCACAGCCAGGACCACUUCAUUCAUUAAUCCUAGAUCUGACCAGCCCAACUGUGUGUUAAUCCUUGAGAGGUUGUGGUGGUGGUGGUGGUGGUGGUUAUUGUAAUUGUCAUUGUAAGGAUGGUGAUAGUAGUGGUGGUGGUGGUAGUUGUGAUGGUGGUGGUGUGGUGGUGGUGGUGGUAGUGGUGGUAAAUUCUGAUCUAACCAACCGACAAACCGUCCAGCCAACAAUCCAGUGGGCCAAACAACCAACCACUGUCCAGAACCGCCACCUCAACCACCACAACCACAACCACCACUGCCAUCAUUACCAUCACUACCACCACAACUGCCACCACCACCAACACCAUCACCACAACUGUCACCACCACCACUACUACUACUACCAUCACAAUUGUCACAACCACCACCAUCAUCAUUACCACAACUGCCACCACUGCCACCACCACCACCACCACGACCACUACCAUCACAAUUGUCACAACCACCACCACCACCACUGGCUAAAAGUGGGUGGUAAGGGCUGCAGUGGUGCAGGGGAUACUUGCAAACAGUCUGGAGCGUAACUGACACUGAUGCACUUGGUGCAAACUGUUGCACAUAUCUACUGCACGCAUCUGAUGCAGAUAGUGACCAGUGGUUGCAGAAGAGAGGUUUUCUAGGUACAGCUGUGGUCAGCAACAAGAGAUUCACUGCUUAAUGGUGUGCCCACUUCACCCUUGAUGUAUUGGUUGACGCAACAGUAAACCUUUUGCAUAACUGCUCAGAACAUUUCCUCCUGAUGUCGUAAAGCAACAAUUUUAAAAAUAACUAUAUAAAUACACACACAUAUACAAUACGUAAUGGCAGGAAGACUCUAAAGAACUAAUAUAUAAAUAAAAAUACUUUUAUAUAUAUAUACAUCUAAUUUUUUGAAUUUGAAUUCUCACACUGUAAAAUAUAUCCACUGAAUUUUAUGAUCUCAAUUAUCAACAUAUCACUGGACUCCAAUAUAUUAUAUUAAAGCAGUCAUUUUACCUCCAGAUGAAGUGAUUCGUUCAUCACAUUUAAAUUAAUUGCGUGUUUUUUGCAUAUCGGUUAAGUAAUCAUAUCAAUGACGAUGCAAAACAUUGUUGAAAUAGCUGUAGAAUUCGGAAUCAAAUUAUGAAAUAUUUGCGAAAUCUUUAUUAUUUUACUCUUCUAAAUAUAUACAUAUAUACACACACACUUACAUAUAUAUGCAUGUAUAUAUAAUUUAUAUAUGUAUAUAGUAAUUAUAUACACACAUAACGUUAUAUAAGCACAUGCAUACGUAUGUAGACAUGCAUACACAGUGGAAGUUGUGUAACGUUAUCACUUUAGGAUGGAGCCUUUAAGAUAACGCUAACCAGUUGAUAAUAUUAAGCAGAAGUUACAACAAUAUAUUGAAUGUAUUUGGGACCAACUGAUAUUGAUAACAAUAACCAUCUGAUAACAUUAUCUGUGAUUAUAAACCAGCAAUUCCACAAAACCCAACGAUGACCACUCACCCUGGUGUGAUCCCUUCUUCUCCGGGUCCGAGAAAGAGCUUCAUCGGAGACAAGGAAGGGGACACAGAAGAUGAUAUUGAACAGCAAAAACUGCAGUUGAAGAGCACGACGAAGGCCUCGUCCCGGCCUUGUUUUUCCUUCUGUCACAGGGUCGGCCAGUCUCUCAACGCCGUCCUUGGCAGGGCCGAGAACCCUUUGCCAGAAAACCCAACACAAUGCCAACGCUUCAAGCAUGCCCUUUUGUGCCCCCCACAAGGCCUUCUUGGAGCAUAUAUUACAAGCGUGCUGAGUUUUGCCCUUCUGUUCGGAGUUCUGGUAUCACUGUUGGGUAAUGCAGCCCUUCCUGGGUCCAACAUAUUUGCUCUCUGGGUACUUUUUGUUGCCUGCGUUACAGGAGGGUACUUUAUACAGUUCCUUAAGUUACCCCCUUUACUUGGUGAGUAUAGCAUUAUUAUUAUUAUUGCCAACCAGCCAUCCUCUAAUCAUGUAUUUCCCCUUCUCUUCUUCUUCUCCUCCAGGAACACUGCCCUCACCGUGAUCUUAAUCCGUGCUGGAUUGGGGCUCGACCCAGAUGCCCUGCGGAAGUUGUCCUUUGCAGUGGUGAGGCUGGCCUUUUGUCCGUGCCUGAUCGAAACCCUUGUAGCGACCAUUGCAUCCCACUUCCUUCUUGGCCUACCCUGGAUAUGGGGUAUCAUGCUUGGCUUUGUCAUUGCUGCAGUGUCCCCGGCUGUUGUCGUCCCCUGCUUGCUUUAUCUUCAAGACAAUGGUUACGGAAUCGACAAAGGGAUCCCCACCUUGGUGAUUGCUGCCGCAAGCAUCGAUGAUGUCCUGGCCAUCACCGGCUUCGGUGUGGUACUAGGCAUCGCUUUUUCAGAAGGUAAGCUAUCUUGGGCAAGUCUCUCAGCUCUGAUUUUUCUUUCACAUCAACACUCUGCAUUUGCUAUAAACCUUAAGCAAGACACACCACUCUAUUUGUCACGUCAGUCAACUUCAGUUGUAAACCUUAGACAAGACACACUACUCUACUUGAACAUAAACUCACCCCCUCCCCACUUGUCGAGCGGUGGUGAUGGUGGUGGUAGUGGUGUUGGACAAACAGAGAGAUAUAGUAGAAGACACUUGCCCAAGGUGCCAUGCAGUGGAACUGAACCCUGUGUUUGCAUGUGUGUGUGUAUAUGUGCAUGUAUAUAUGCCUGUCUAUGUAUUUGUCUGUCUGUAUGCUUCUGUGCAUCUUUAUCCAUCCGUCUGUCAUUCAACCAAUCAAUCAAUCAAUCUUUUGUUUUUGUUCUUUUUUUUUCUUUUCAGAACAAUUCCAUUUUCCUGCGAGGGUUCUUACUCUAUGCCAUCGGCCUAGCUGGAGUCUUGGGUUCCCCGAGACUCGAAAUGCCAGGCACCGGACCAUUGCUGUGUCUAACCGUGGCAUUUGUAGCCGCGUUUGGAUGGAGAAAAAAAAGGGAACUGCAGGUUCUGGAGCUCAUCUCCAACUCUACUGCAGUUCUUUGGUUAAUAUUCCAACCACUUCUCUUUGGUUUAAUCGGCGCUGAAGUUGAUGUUGAAAAACUCAAUGCUAAAACCAUUGGCUACGGGAUUGCCACGCUUGGCAUCGGAUUAGUUUUCCGGAUGCUGGUCGCCUUCUUCGCCGUUUAUGGUACGGACCUCCUCAAGAAGGAGAAGCUGUUUGUAGCGUUGGCAUGGUUACCGAAGGCUACAGUACAGGCUGCCAUUGGGUCUGUUGCCCUGUCAACUGCACGGGAGAAGAACAAAACAGAGCUAGAAUCAUACGGACAAAUAAUCCUAGAAGUAGCAGUUCUUGUCAUUCUAAUAACAGCACCGAUAGGGUCAGCUCUGGUGAUGUUAACGGGCCCUCGAAUACUGAAGAAGACUGACCCAACCAGCAUGUCAUCGGAAAAUUUGAAAGCCAUCAAGUCUGAAGCGAAUGAUGAGAUGCUGGAGCAGAACGCGACUUUGCAGGAAUCAACAAAGAUGUAGAAUAUAAAGAAGAAGAAAACCAACAAACCCAAGUCCCAGGAUGGGGAGAAAAGUGGUGGAAUCAACAGGCAAAAUUCUUACGCAUUUAAAAUGCCAACCCACCGGUGUUUGUAUUUGAAUUUGGUAACGCUUUUGUCAAAACCUCGUUAUGACAUGAAUGUAUGGUAAUCUGGGACUCCAGUUGGGCCAUAGACUGGCAUCUUCUCUUUAAAUCACACCCUUGUUUUUUCCCCUUAUAUUACAAGGAGGUGCUAGAAAGUUUCUAGUUUGGGGUGAAAGAAAAUACAUGAGGAUCAGUGAAUUAUGAUUUUAUUCAACAUAUUCCCCUCUCGGCCUUUCAUGUUUUUUCAUCCUUUAUUGCAGCAGCCCUUCAUCUUUUCUCAUCCCUGUAGAAAGAACUUGGAAGGUUGGGUCUCCAACCAGGCCUUUCAUGACACCCUUAAACCCAGAAACUUUUGAGCACCCCCUUAUAAUGAUGUAUUGCUUUGUACCACCUAGGGCAAGUAUCUUCUAUAGCCCUCGGCUGACCAAAGCCUCGUGAGUAGAUUUGGUAAACAGAAACUAGGUCUAUGAUACAAAUCUCUAGUUUUAAUCCUUUCAUAUUCAGAUUAAUCUGUCAAAUCUAAUGCUUAUUCAUUCACAUUCUUUUGGAUUAAUCAUGGAUUAUCUCGUAACUUUGUAAUUUCAACAAUGCGAUUGUAUUACUUUAGAAUGACAUUGUAGGGUAAGUGUGAGAGGCCAGAUCUGACCAGUUUGAACAUAUAACAAGUGGAAUAUUUCGGCCGGAUGUGGCCAGUUUAACCCUUUAGCAUUCGGAUUUCUGUCAAAUGAAACGCUUAUUUAUUGACAUAGUUUCAAAUUAAUCAUGCAUUAUCUAUUAGCUUUGAGAUUUCAAUGAUGUGAUUGUAGGGUAGGCGUGAGAGGCUGGAUCUGGUUGGUCUGACCAUAAAACAGGUAAAAUAUCUGGGUCGGACACAGCUGGUUUAACUCUUUAGCUCUUUCAAAUAUAAUGCUUUGAAUUAAUCAUGCAUUAUCUCAUAGCUUAAAGAUUUCAAUGAUGUGAUUGUAUAUAAAAGAAUAUAUAUAUAUAUAUAUAUAUAUAUAUAUAUCGUUUAAUCGUUUAACGUCCGCUUUCCAUGCUAGCAUGGGUUAUAUAUUAAUAAUAAUAAAGGAGUUACGACGCAAAAACGUAUUUUUUCAAAUGAACAUAUUUAUCUUCUUCAAUAUAUAUUUCAGUAUAAAGAAUUCAUUAAGAGACUUAAUAAAUCAAAAUUCUUUUACACAUCUUCAGGAAUAAAUAUAACAU